AUGCCGGACGUAGAAGACUCCAGCCCUCUCGUCGAUCCUUCUCAACGAUGCUGCAAUGCAUGGACAACCAUCUUACAUGUUGUGAUGGUAACUACCCUUUUCUCCGUGAUCAUGUAUGCCUACAUUUAUCUUUAUUGCGUUCACCUCUACGCCGUUGCAUCGCUGGUGAUUCAGAUCAUAGCCUACCUUGCCCUUGGCUGCCUAUACAUCUACAACUCCUCCUGUCGGCAAGACAAGUUUAUGUCUGCUGGAUAUCUUGUACUUGUUAUGUCUGUGUUCCUCAUCUCUUCUGCUGGAAUUGAUACCAACGACCGCACCUACCUCAUUGAACUCGCUUCCUGGGCCAAUAUGGUAGCUAUAUUCUCGUAUUGCGUCUGGAAGUGUAGCUUUAUCCUGCACUACUGUAGGCUGAAAAAGCUUGUGAGAACCAUCUUACAUGGUGCAAUUGUAACUAUCCUAUUGGUUGCGAUUAUAAUUGCCUAUUGUUAUUAUCGUACAUAUUACGACCAAACGGCCCAAUACAGCAGUAUUAAAGUAUGGCUACUCAUUCAGUUAGUAGCCUACAACGCCGUUGGUUUCCUAUACAUUUGCAACUCCUCUGGUCGGAAGGAGAAAGUUAUCUCCGCUGGACUUCUUGUCCUUGUUCUGCUUGUCUUCCUACUCAGCUCGUUUGCCAACACCGAACUUCGCACCGAUCUCAUUUUCGGGGCCAACAUCGUGGCUAUAUGCUCGUACUGCAUCUGGAAGCUUUAUCCGUGGAUCCGACGAUGGCUCGAUGCUCUUGAUGCCCACACGGAGACAGAGCCACGUGAACCGGCACGGCAACAAGAAGCGGCGGUGCUUCAGCUCCAAGUCCAACAGACCCCAUUUCGCAUAAGAGACAUGCCGAAGGAAUUCUCAAGCGAUGAAAUCCAAGCCAUGACGCAAGACUUCGGAAACAAGAUAGGGCGAGGCGCCUCCGCCCAGGUCUUUCGUGGGAGCCUUGAUGAUGGCACGGCCGUGGCCGUCAAGCGCAUACAUAUGCACAGUGGGCGCACCGAGACCGGCGAAGAAGAAUUCAGAAGAGAGGUCUCCAUCAUCGCCAAUGUGCACCACCGCAGCCUUGUGCGCCUCCUCGGCUACUGCCUCCAGCAUGGGGGUGGCCUCUACCUGGUCUACCCCUUCUUCGAGAACGGGUCACUGGACAGGUGGAUCUUCAACCGCAGUGACGAGCAAAGGCGCCUCUUGACUUGGCCAAAGAGGUUGUGCAUCGCCGUCGAUGUGGCCAGAGCGCUUGCGUACCUCCACAAAGACUGCCACCGGCGGAUCCUGCACCUCGACAUCAAGCCGGGCAACAUCCUGCUUGACGGUGACUUCCGCGCGCAUGUCUCCGACUUCGGUAUCUCCCUCUGCAUCACCCGGGACCUGACCAGCGUCAUCAACACGCGCGGGAGGGGCACCUUCGGCUACAUGGCGCCGGAGAUGCUCGUCAAUGCGGUGUCGGACAGGUCUGACGUGUUCAGCUACGGCAUGACGCUUCUCGAGCUCAUCGGCGGACACCGGAACUUCGAUCCCUCGUCGUCGGCAGCGCCUGACCCGAACAUCGCGCGGAACUUGCGGGAGAGGAUGGCGCAAGGCGAGCACAUGGAGUUGGUGGACGCAGCCAUGGCGGUGGCUGUAGACGAUGAGGAGGCGGUGAAGACGGUGGUGAAGGUGGCACUCUGCUGCAUCCAGCACGAGCGGGACAUGAGGCCAAGCAUGCAAAAUGUGGUGGAUAUGCUCGAAGGCCGGGUCGCCAUUAAUUUCCCGCCGGAGGCCCAUCGUCCAUCAUCUUCUGUUGUAAAUUUAUCGGAGCCACAUUCGAUUUCGGAGCACGCCGUCAUCGACAUGCACGGUGGGUGA